AUGCCUGACCCUUCCCACGCUGAGUUAAUGCAGCAAAACUACGAAAUCCGCCCCGACCCCCACGCCUUGACCCAAAACCCGGAUCCCUCACACAACAGCUCCUCAGGCGUCGACUACGAGCCGCAUCCCGAGAACAGCAUCAAGCUAGAGCCGGAGCGCCAGAAGAUCGUGGAUGCGAUCACGCGGCUCUAUAGUGGCAUUGCCAGCGAGGAGGACAUGAGGGUUUAUGCUGAGGAGGCGGUUUAUGAUGAUCCGUGGAGUUACUGUGACACUAGGUAUAAGAUUGCUGGACAGUGGUGGGGCAUACCGAAGGUGAUGGCCAAAUCGCAGACGCUCAAGACCGAAGUCGUCUCAUCGAAACCCCACGAGAUUGUCUUCAAGCUGCAGCAAGAGUAUACACCACGGCUACUACACAUAUCAAAAGCGGUAAACUCGCUAGUCACUCUGACGCUGGAUGAGCAGGGGAAGGUGCGGUAUCAUAAGGACAUGUGGAACGAGAAGGACUACAGUCACGAAGGCUUGGGUAGGAUAAUGAAGGAGCUGAAUGGCGAUCACUUGACGAAGAUCACGCAGCCGCCGAAGUUAUUGUAG